AUGGCGGUUUCCGUUUCCAUUCUCGCCGUCGUCAUUUCCCUUCACCUCCUUGCUUUCGUCUUCGCUUUCGGCGCCGAGCGUCGCCGUAGCACCGCUGUGGCGAUGCCGGACCAGUACGACGAGAAGACCUUCUGUGUGUACGGAACCAAAGCGGCGACGGUAUACGGUAUGUCGGCGUUUGGGUUGCUUCUUGUAAGCCAGACGGUGGUUAACGGCGUUACCAAAUGUCUCUGUUUCGGAAAGGGUUUAGUUGCUGGUACUUCUUACACAGUCUGUUCUAUUGUCUUCUUCGUCAUCUCUUGGGUAAGCUUUUUAGGUGCUGAGGCGUGCUUGUUAGCUGGAUCAGCCAGGAACUUGUACCACACCAAAACUCAAGGUAUCUACAAAGGAAAAGAGCUUUCGUGUGCAGUCUUACCCGUUGGGGUCUUUGCUGCUGGAGCUGCUCUUACUCUCUUGUCUUUAAUUGCAACCAUUCUUUACUACUUGGCUCAUUCAAAGGCUGAUACUGGUGGAUGGGAGAAGCAUCAGAACGAUGGUGUCAGCAUGGCUAGUCCUGCAGAUGCUCCAAAGCAACAGAACACAGACUUCGACAAGAACAAUGCCUCUCUUAUCCUCGGUGUUGGGAACAAUAUAUAUACACCUUCAACCAUAGAGCUUAGCUACCAAAAAGGCUACAGUUGUUUCAAACCUCAAAACCAAAACACAAUCAUGCCGAUUUAUGGAUUUGAAAUGGAUGAACAUAGAGCUUCUUCAUCAAGGAAACGAAGAUCUUUGUACCACAAUCUAGGAGGAGGACGCUUUGCCGAUAUAAUAUUCUGGAAGAAAAAGAAAGAAUCAGGAACAAUCUUAGCGGUAUUCACAUUGAUAUGGUUCUUGUUCGAAGUGGUUGAAUAUCCAUUCAUCACUUUCCUCUGUCAGAUCCUCUUGAUCUUCAUUUUCAUCUUCUUCAUUUGGUCUUACAUUGGCUCUACACAACUAAUCCAACGGAAACCGCCGAGUAUUAAUGAUCUAAAGAUUUCGGAAUCAACUUGGAGAUAUUUGUUCACCAAGAUCAACUGGUUCAUCAUAAAAUUGUAUGAUAUCUCAAGUGGAAAAGACUUUAGACUCCUAGUUUUGGCAGUUGUUUCCCUAUGGAUACUAUCAGUUGUCGGAAAUUAUUUCAGCUCUCUAACUCUUUUAUACAUUGUAUUUGUGGGGCUGGAGACAAUACCGAUGUUGUAUGAGCAAUACGAAGAAGAGUUGACUUAUGUAGCAAGUAAAAGCGGGAGGGACAUGAAGAAACUUUUCAACAACCUCAACUCCAAAGUCAUUAACAAGAUCCCUAAAGCUCAUGCUAAAAACAAGAGGCAUAUGUAA